GUAUGUACAAGGUUCCAGAACGGGUUAACCUGGCACCAGGUCUCCCCCCGUGGUCAGUCUUCCAUGCCAACAUGCUCUCCAGGGUUCUCCCUUCUCUAAUGGCCCUCAACCUGGGCACAGAAGGGCAUGCUUUCAGGGUGGCUGGAGGGGGCUGUCGCCAUGCCAGCCGUAAUUCCAGAGUCUGGGCGGAAGAGAAGGCGGCUUACCCUGACCCGGUCCUCAAGAGAAUGGGGAGGAAGGAUGAGUUUACAGAAGACCCAGAGAUGGCAGAUCCAGAAGAAAAGGUCCUAGCGUUGGUCAGGGAGGAGAGGAGAAGGCAGAGAGCUAUCAAGUUCCACAGGAUUCGAAAGCAGCUCACCACUCCUGGGGCCCCAGAAAGGAGACUAACUCGGGAUGCCAUGGAACAGAUCAGGUACCUGAAACAGGAGUUCCCGGAGGAGUGGACUGUGCCCCGGCUGGCUGAGGGCUUCUCCGUCAGUCCCGACGUCAUCUUUAGAGUCCUGAGGAGCAAGUUCAUCCCCUCUCCAGAGAGACAGGCCAAGCAGGACUCCAAGGUGCUGGCCAGAAUGCGGCAGCAGACGACCCUUGUAGGUGGUCCCCAGGGCCUGCCGGGAGGCCCUGCUGCUGUCCUCCCUGCAGGUGCAGGUAGCGCCCUCACCACCUUGGGCCGUCAGAGCCUGAGCCCUGGCCUGGACAUAGUCGAAACAGUGCCCUCCAGUGGGAGUGACAGGCCUGUCUCUCUCGGUCCACUUCUGCCCCAGCAUUCUCACUCACAGCAUUCUCAUUCUGUCUCACCUGCCGUAAAAGCCCCACAAGAGGAGCCCCACAGCGAGAGCCAGGCCACUGUUGCCCGCGAGGAAGAGGAGGAGGACUGGGAUGGGCAGGUUCUUUCAGAUAAAGAGAUGGAAGAGCUGGCUGCAGUAUGCACUGAGCAGAAGGGUCAUGUGGUCCAGAAAGGGAGGGAGUUCUUUGACAGCGAGGGCAACUUUCUGUAUAGAGUCUGAACUGUUUUAAAACAAAAGGAUGAACUGAUGUGUAUGUAUGUCAUUCCAUACAAGUUUAUUAAUGUAUGCGCUCAAACCCCUGUGUGAGACCUGUACCUGUGGAGAUUCAUAAAGAUCCUUCUGUCCAGCAUAAGCAGUUUAGUAUCACAGUUAUAUAAUCCUGCCGUGCAGUAAGACAGGCUAAGGGCUGUUAUGCCAUGACUUGCAAUAUUGAGAGCGUGGCAGGUACAGCGCCCCCUAGCUCUGAUUCCAUUCUGUAUGCAUUCAGUGAAUAAACUACACUCCUGCUAUCAGAUGGUAAUGGUUCUGCCAUCUUGGCUGCAUAAAUGGGAAUUGGGUUACUUCUGAAUGUUUACAAUCACUUUUGAACACAUGUCAAAUUUGAACAGAAAACCCAUUUUCUUCCCAAGUGACAGAAAGUACCAGUGAUUUUAUUUUAAACCGGAGAAUCAUCUUCAGAUAUACAGAGCAAAAACUGAGCCAGUACAAAGUUAAAACAGUUUAUACAUAAAUCAACCACACUGAAUACUAUGUACAGUGAUUUGGAC